AUGUUGCCAUUGUGUUUACGCUGUUGUCUGCUUGUGGUGUGCUGCAUGUCUGCAGUGAUACCUGCAUUACCGAAUUCUUGGAAAGAGAUGGAGAUGGAAGCCAAUGCUUGGAUAAGCCAAAGCCAGAGCUGCUCGUCCAUUGUGAACAAAGAGCCUUUUGAGGUUAUGGGAAUCAGUGCAUAAAUGAAAUGCUUCCCUAAGAAUGGCAAUGGGAGUUAUGGAAGUCAUUAUAAAAACAAAGCAGCAAACUGACCCAUAACAACCAACCUCUCCUGCUCCUCCAGAAAAAAAAAGAGCAAAAAAGAAAACGAGCUAAUCCCCAAAUCAACCCAAGGCCAGUAUAGAGAUUUUGAUAGAGGAGACUGGUCUCCUCUGGACUGCUCUCUUGCUGAGGGAGACCAUCCCAUCUUAGAUAAAUUCUACUUCAGUGCUAAGUGUAUUCUCAUAAUCAAGGAGGUAGAAAUUCUUUAAAUUGCAGUGAAAGACCAACCAUCUGGCUGCUAGGGUGCAGAAGAAAACCAUGUGUUGUUUUCUUUUUUUUAAUUUUUUCUCCCCUUCCUUUUAAAGACUUUCUUUCAGAAAAGUUUCCAUAUGUCCAAGUCAGAGCACUCAAUCUGAAGUGCUUUACAGGAGACAGUUGGUCAGGUCCCUGAGCUUGAGGACCUGCAGCAGAUCUUUCCAAUAGCAGCUUAAUGCUUGCAUGUCUGAUGGCACAUGGAGUUGAACCUCCAGCAUCUACAUUAAUAGAUUCAGUUGCCAUAUUUUUAAAAAGUAAAAAUAUCGCUCUGCUUUCCCAACUGAUUUAUUGAUGAAUAGUUGAGGGCAGACAGACUUUUUUUGUAAGUUCUGUAGUGAUGAGACAGAAGGCCAUGGCUUUAACAUAAGAGUUCAUACUAGAUAGGUUCAUACUAGAUGGAAGGAAGAUAGUCUUCCCUGUGUGGGUGGGAAGGCCCUGGAAAAGGGUGCUCAGAGAAGCUGUGGCUGCCUCAUCCCUCAAAGUGUCCAAGGCCAGGUUGGAUGGGGCUUGGAGCAACCUGGCCUAGUGGAAGGUGUUCCUGCCCAUGGCCGUACUUGAUGACCUUUAAAGGUCUUUUUCAACCCUUAUGUUUCCAUGUUAAAGUUCUUUUAAAUCCUAGAAUGAAAAUCAGUGUGCAUAAGCACAUGAAAAUUACAUGUGAAUUGUUUUAUGACUUUCCAGUGUCACCUGCUUACCUUUGCAUUGGUUUUCCUUAACAAUUAAAUGCUGUUACAUUAAGAUACAUUAAGAUACUUCCAAAGUUAUUAAUUGAGAUGAUGCCAAAAAUAUAACAGAGACCAACUAAUUUGUAUUUGCAUAUUUUGAAUAUUUAUAAUAAAAAAUUGAAUUAUUUUGUUAAAAGUUGAGGACCUGUUAAUUGUCUUCUAGCAGUAGCUAGCCUUUAGCUUGCAACUUGUGUGUUGUUGUAUAACAAGAAUUGUCCUGGUGAAUACAGUUGGAGUGGAAGAAGGUCACUUGAAGAGACUUCAAAAUGACUAAAUGAUGGACUUGAAGAAAACUAGUAAUAAUAGACCAACAGUAUUUCACUCCCUCACCAAAUUCCCUCUUCAUGUGCUUUUUCUCUAUUUUGGCCUGAAACAGAGUGCAUUAUUUAGAGAAUGGCUGUUGUUCCCGAUGUGCCAAAAUAAACUAUUUUCCCAGAUGUUCUCUCCUUCAGAAGAAAAGUGAAGUCUUAAGUCUCUCAUUAGUAAUUAGAUACUUGUCUGCAGGGUCUGGAGUCCACCUAGGUUCAAGCAGGAGGUUCCUGUAGGAACUUCUCACAAAACAAGUUUUUCUUCCCUUGGGACACUACUCCAAAUGAUUCGUUGUAGAGGUGUUUGAAGUUGGUUGUGUUUUAGAGCCAUCUAAUUUGACCUUUUGUCACUUAUGUUUCAAUAAAUUGCCAAAUUCAAUGUUGGACUCCCCUUUUAGAUUCCUUAUCAAGCCUCCAGUUCUGCAUGGAGCUGGCUCAAAUGGAAGGCGCACAUUGUGGGAUGAUCCAGGCCAGUCUUUGUCUACCCAGAUGAGCUGUUGUUGACACUAUGGAUUUUGAUGCUACUUUCCUCCCUUCUAUAUGUCGUUUCACCCAUUGUAUGGCAGUAAUAGUUGUAUUUUGGAUACUCUGAUGCAGGUUGUUUUUGCCUCUGAUGAUGCCUAUCUAAAAUAAGCUCACCAUGUUUGCAGGUUAGUAGCAAGCUCUGAUAGGCUUCAUUUUGCCAACAGUUUGUCUUGUUUUUUGAAGUUGUGCUGCAAGUAAAAUCAUCCCAAACUUUUUUGAGGAGGUGUGAGAAAUGGUCACCGGUUGAUCAUGAUGGAUGUGAAGUAUUUCAGGCACUUUUGACUGUAAGGCAAGACCAUUUGGUUUGUUUGAGAUUAGCUGAUUAAAUCAGGUCCCAAAGCACUUCAUCUGACUUAAGUUAGAUAUUGACAAGUGUGUUCAAAUUAAUAAAUUGAAUGGAAGACUUUCAUAGUAUAUAUUCUUUUCUCUUAGUGAUAAAUAGGUGGAGUGAAUUUCAUUGGCUUGUGGCAAAGUCAGUAGUCAAGAACUACCCAUGAGUUCUUGUUUGGUGCCCUUGCUGAACUUGUAGAUAAUGCCAGAGAUGCAGAUGCCACAAGAAUAGACAUUUAUACUGAGCGACGAGAGGACCUGCGAGGUGGAUUCAUACUGUGUUUUUUAGAUGAUGGAACAGGAAUGGAUUCAAAUGAAGCUGCCAGUGUUAUCCAGUUUGGUAAAUCAGCCAAGCGAUCACCUGAGUCCACUCAAAUCGGGCAGUAUGGGAACGGCUUGAAAUCGGGUUCCAUGCGGAUUGGGAAGGAUUUUAUCCUGUUCACAAAGAAAGAUAACACCAUGACUUGCCUCCUUUUAUCACGGACGUUCCAUGAGGAAGAAGGCAUUGACGAGGUCAUCGUUCCCCUGCCCACCUGGAACGCACGGAGCUGUGAACCCGUGACGGACAACAUGGAGAAAUUUGCUAUCGAGACAGAGCUCAUUUACAAGUAUUCCCCUUUCAAAUCAGAACGGGAAGUGAUGGACCAGUUCAAUAAGAUACGUGGUGAGAAAGGCACCCUGGUGAUCAUCUUUAACCUCAAACUAAUGGAUAAUGGAGAGCCAGAGCUGGAUGUGACUUCUGACCCUCAAGAUAUUCAGAUGGCAGAAACACCCCCAGAGGGAACCAAGCCGGAGCGCCGCUCCUUCCGUGCCUAUGCUGCUGUGCUUUACAUUGAUCCCAGGAUGAGGAUCUUCAUCAAUGGACACAAAGUACAAACCAAACGACUCUCAUGCUGCCUCUACAAGCCAAGGAUGUACAAAUACACUUCAAACCGUUUCAAGACCCGUGCAGAGCAAGAGGUGAAGAAAGCAGAGCACAUGGCGAGGAUAGCGGAAGAGAAGGCUCGUGAGGCGGAGAGCAAAGCCCGUGCCCUCGAGCUACGCCUCGGAGGGGAUCUCACGCGGGAGUCCAGGGUGACAUUGCGUCAGGUCCAGAACUCGGCCAUCACCAUGCGGCGGGAGGCUGAUGUCAAGAAAAGGAUUAAGGAUGCAAAGCAGCGGGCGCUGAAGGAGCCCAAGGAGCUGAAUUUUAUCUUUGGGGUGAACAUUGAGCAGCGCGAGCUGGAUGGCAUGUUCAUUUAUAACUGCAGUCGGCUGAUCAAGAUGUAUGAGAAGGUGGGCCCACAGCUGGAGGGUGGCAUGGCAUGUGGAGGAGUGGUAGGCGUGGUGGAUGUGCCCUAUUUGGUUCUGGAGCCAACCCAUAAUAAACAAGACUUUGCUGAUGCCAAGGAGUAUCGACACUUGCUGAAGGCCAUGGGAGAGCAUUUGGCUCAGUAUUGGAAGGAUGUUGCAAUAGCCCAGAGAGGUAUCAUCAAGUUCUGGGAUGAAUUUGGUUAUUUAUCAGCAAACUGGAACCAGCCUCCGUCUAGUGAACUGCGCUACAAGCGCAGGAGAGCCAUGGAGAUCCCCACCACAAUUCAGUGCGAUGUCUGUCUCAAGUGGCGGACUCUCCCGUUCCAGCUGAGCUCAGUGGAGAAGAACUACCCUGAUAGCUGGGUGUGCUCCAUGAACCCUGAUCCUGAACAAGACAGAUGUGAGGCUGCAGAGCAGAAGCAGAAGGUACCACUGGGAACUCUAAAAAAAGACUUGAAAUCAAAUGAGGAAAAGCAGAAACAACUGACAGAGAAAAUCCGCCAGCAGCAGAAAAAGCUGGAAGCUCUGCAGAAAACCACUCCAAUUCUAUCUCAAGCUGACUUAACGAGACUGCCUCUGGAAGUGACUACACGGCCUUCAAGGGAGCACACCCGAACUCAGCGCCCACGAUCUCCUCCUUUGCCUGAUGUAAUCAAGAAUGCUCCCAGCAGGCCACCAGGAUCUUCACCUCCUCACAAGUCUUGCACUCACCUGAAAAAGAGCUCUUUAAGUCGUCCAAAUACCAGCUCCCCAAAGCUAGCCAGCAUGCUCUUCAAGGAGGAGGCCAGCACUUCCAGGACACACCAUCACACUGUGAAAACUGGGAAGUCCAACAGCACUUUAAAAACUCUUGCCAAACCAAGUACAAGCAUGAAGUCGCUCUCUGGCCAACAGAGCCCCAAAAGCUCACGUGAGACACCCAAUCCAAAAGCCAGUAAGGUGCCAGCAGUAAGGAAAUCUGCCUCUGGCAGAUGUUUACAGGCCUCCAGCACUCGAAAGAGGGCCUUGAACAUCCCAGAGGAUGGCUCUGAGGAGGAGGGUGAGCCCAAAAAGGAGAGGACAAAACGAGGAAAAUUUUUGGCAGUGAAAGAAGAGAAGGAUUCCAAUGAGGUGGUGGUAGAGCUCACAGACAGUGCUGGAGAGGAAGAGUUGUUGGAACUGAAGAAAGCACAGAAAGAUAAGGGGCUGCACGUGGAAGUGCGUGUGAACAAGGAGUGGUUCACAGGCCGUGUCACAGCUGUGGAAAGGGUCAGGCAUGCAAUCCGGUGGAAGGUGAAGUUUGAUUAUGUCCCUACAGACACCACACCAAGGGAUCGCUGGGUAGAGAAGGGCAGUGAGGAUGUAAGGCUUAUGAAGCCUCCCUCUCCUGACUACCAGGCUCCAGACACACAGCAGGAAGAGGAGGUGGUCAUGGCUGAACCUUCUACCUCAGAUUGCGUCAGAAUCGAGCCUGACACCACUGGUCCCAGCAGCAGCCAAGAAACAGUUGACUUACUGGUCCAGAUCCUUCGGAAUUGUUUGCGAUACUUCUUGCCUCCAAGUUUUCCAAUCUCCAAGAAUGAGCUGAGUUCCAUGAGCUCAGAAGGGUUGUUGACAUUUCCCUUGAAGGAAUAUUUUAAGCAGUAUGAGGUGGGUCUGCAGAACCUGUGCAAUUCAUAUCAGACACGUGCCGAUGCCCGGGCCAAAGCCUGUGAGGAAAACCUCCAGAACUUAGAAAGGAAGCUGAGGGAAACAGAGGAGAAACUGCAGAAGUUGAGGACUAAUAUCAUGGCCCUUCUACAGAAAGUGCAGGAGGACAUUGAUAUUAAUACAGAUGAUGAACUGGAUGCAUAUAUUGAGGACUUGAUCAUGAAAGGCGAUUGAGCAGCUGCAGUACAAGUCAUGGAGAAGUGCAGAAGAGCUGGCUGCUGCAAAGGGAGAUGUGGAUCUCUGUGCGGGUGGACUGAGGCAGCUGAUGAGGAGAGAGUUUUUUAGACAGUGCUCGUGUUGGUGUACAACUUGGUCCUGUGACUGUACAACAUUUGUACUGUUGGCAGGAAAAUUUUUAACUUUGUAGCUAUCUGAAUCUCUUCCUUUUGUUUAUAAAUAUUUAUUUUUAAAAGAAAUGGGAACUGUGCCUGAUACAAUAGGUGUUUUUAGUGAUGUAGAAGUGUGAGUACCCAUUUUGCAAUUCAAGUAUAUUCAUAUGCUAAACCUGGGAGCUUGGAGCACUCUGCUUAGCUUACUGGUUCUCCAGCAAAAACCUAGCAGCAAUUAAAAAAUAAGCCUUGAGUUGUGGUAGAGGGUGUCAGGCUUUUUUUGUGGAAGAUACUGAACUUGAGGUAGAGAAAGCAAAGCCAUGAAUUGGAGCUAUAGAAAGGAGAUGUCCUUGUAUGAGUGUGAGUAGAGGGGAUGGAACCUUGGUGGAACUCGAAAAUUUGGCACUGGCACCUGUAAUGAGCUUCCUGAACAGGAGGUUGCUGCAAGUGGGUGAAACUGCCACCAUGGUACUAGCUAAGAGGCUGAGGGUCCUUCUAGAAGAGGAUCACCUCCUGGACUGCUCACAGUGGACUGUGAGCAUUAGAGGAAGAAUGCUGGCGUUCAGGAUCUCUGCUUGCAGUCACUUUAUCACUCACUUCUGCUGCUGUUUCUUUGAGACAUAAUUACAGCAUCAGAGGAACUCCUCGUCCACCUGACAAUAAAGUGACCUGUGUUCUAUUUUCA